AUGGCUAACAUUGAAUCCAAUGUUAUACAUGUAUUAGUUAAUGUCUAUAAUGAAUCACAAUUUAUUUGGAACCAAUGUAUGGCUUAUAAUUUAGUAUUUGAACUAAAAUCCAAUGGCAAUCAAAAUGUUUAUAACAUAAUUAUGAUGUCAUCUAAUAAUCGUUACAAUAGUUUUAUUGGGAAACUUAGGGCCGAAAAUCUUGAAUAUCAGCUAAUUGUGGCCAAUAGUACACAAUUGAUAGCUAUUUCAAACAACAGUGCCAUGAAAUAUAUGAAAACAAGUGGUGAACAAUUUGAUUAUAAUAGUUAUCAUCAGUUAUCAGAAAUCAAUGAUGAACUGAAACGGUUGGCCAACAGUUAUGGCGAUAUUGUUGAACUGUUUUCGUUGGGCAAGACCUACGAAAACAGGGAUAUCCUAGCCGUUAAAGUGUCUAAUAAUAAUAAUAGUGAUGUCGAAACCGAUGCCGACCCCCUAACCAAUAUGACGGUAUUUGAUUGCGGUAUUCACGCCCGUGAAUGGAUAUCGCCAGCAGUUUGCUUGUGGUUUAUACGACAACUAACCGAAACUGAUCGGUACCUACUCGAUGGACACCAGUUUGUCAUAAUACCGGUGCUCAAUCCCGAUGGCUAUCACUAUACGUGGACAGUGGACAGGUAUUGGCGUAAAAAUAGGCAAAACUCAAAAAUCAAAGAUUGUGUGGGCAUUGAUCUCAAUAGAAAUUGGCCGACCCGUGAGUUUUGUCAGCACAAGUCAUCGGAUGAUCCGUGCGAUACAGAGAUCUAUUGCGGUGAUCGACCGUUUUCGGCCCUAGAGAUCAAACAUCUCAAUACAUUUAUGUUGAAACAUAGGAAACAGUUGACCGUCUAUAUGACAUUCCACUCGUACAGCCAGAUAUGGGCCUAUCCUUACUCGUAUACUAACCAGACUACCGAAAACGACAUGCGCUUAAGCUCUCUAUCAAAACUGGCCGUCGAUACUAUCAGACAGACCAGUAAUAAGAUAUACACUUACGGAUCGUCGGCAUCUAUAAUGUAUAGCGCAUCGGGAUCAAGCAUCGACUAUGUAUACGAUUCCUUAAACGUUUCCCUAUGUUUUACUGUCGAGCUCCGGGAUACUGGCGAAUACGGUUUCCUAUUGCCGGCUAACCAGAUCCAGGAUACGGCUCACGAAAUAUGGACGGCCAUUAAGGCCGUCUACGGACGUAUAGUAGUCGAUGACGGCGACUACGACAGCAAUGUUGAAGGACAGGGAUCAACAACAACAUCCGCUGCCAUUGCAGCUGUUUUAGUGUCGCUGACUGUCCACAAACACAAACAUUAUCAACAACAACAACAACAACAACAACAUGACAUGAGAGGACAGUUGUCUGAAAAUUGGUGGCCACUGAUCGUCAACAACAUUAAUGCCCGUACGGCUUAUCUAUCAAAUGGUAACGACGACGACAGCGACAGCAACGACAAGAAAUUUACUGACAAAUGGUUUGAACCGUUCGUAUCGUUCAAACCGUUGGUGGCCAACACUGAUCCGUCCAAAUAUCCCGCUGGAUAUCGCGGCCCAAACGAAGUGUCCGGUUCGGGUACUAUUAUGGACCGAAAUGGCUUAGUGGUUGCGUCCAAUCGGUCGCUACAAUUGCUGACCGUAGUCAUCGUACGGCUGAACAGCGGAUCAGUAGUAACGGGUCGUGUGAUAUAUCGGAACGCUUUGUACGAUCUGGCCGUCGUUAAGCUGGACGGCGAUCGCAGCGAUUGGCCAACACCGGUCAGGCGUACCGAACCGUUGUCCAUUGGCGACCCGGUACUAACGGUAGCCAAUCAGGCCAGCAAUCUGUACAACUAUCUUAACGACGGUAUUGUCUGCCGUACCGAUCGGAAGAGUUCGGAAAUUGGUCAGACAUUGGAUCCUGAAUUUGAUCCAAUGGUCGAACUGAUUCAACAUUCGGCAUUUGUUGGCGACACCGACUGGGGUACGGCACUGGUCGACAGUAACGGCCAAUUCAUUGGCAUUACAAUUGUAAGCGACCGUACCAACAAUCUAUGUCUGCCGGCCAAGUUUAUCGACGAAUUUUUGGCAAAUGUCAAAUCAGAUGGACUCCGAAGUUUCGGUCUACUAACCAGUUGGUAUGACCCGUCCAUUAGAUCUGAUGAUGAAGUCGGUAGCCGCCGUCUAGAUGGUAUACCUGCCGAUGCAUGCACUGGCCUAUUGGUUGAGGAAAUAUUUUUUAACAACAAUAAUCCCAAUAAGAAAGACCUAAACCAGUACGACAUCAUAACCCAUAUAAACGGCUUGAAACUGUUGUCUAUAGACGAUGUCCUCAACGCCAUUGAGCACCUGAACAUACAGCACGAGUCCAUCGAUGUUAUUGUCAAAGACAUGUCGUCGUCGUCGACUGUCAAACGAGUAUUGCUUAAGAGAUGCAAAGAUAUUGAGAAAUAUACGUUUGUUUGA